AUGUACUCAAGAUCAGUUUCUGCUGCUGCUGUGGCUUCUGCUGCUGCAGGUAAGAAAUUCAUGGUUACAAACAACGCUUUACAAUUUAGAUUGUUUUCACAUUUGCCGCUAUCGGUUCCGAUUAAGUUGCCUAAUGGUUUGGAAUACGAGCAGCCAACAGGUUUGUUCAUCAACAAUAAAUUCGUUCCAUCUCAACAGCAUAAAACUUUUGAAGUCAUAAACCCUUCUACAGAGGACGAAAUCUGUCACAUCUAUGAAGGUAGAGAAGAUGAUGUCGAUAUUGCUGUCGACGCUGCAUCAAAGGCCUUUGAAAAUGGAUCCUGGUCCACCAUCGACCCUUUCAAAAGAGGCGAGGCUUUACACAAGUUGGCUAGAUUCAUAGAGGAAGACAAAGAAUUGAUCGCUUCCAUUGAAUCUUUGGACAAUGGUAAAUCUUUGCAAAAUGCAAGGGGUGAUGUUCAGUUGGUCAUUAACUACUUGAAGUCUGCUUCUGGUAUCGCUGAUAAAAUUGACGGCAAAUUGAUUAAUUCCGGCAGCGGGUAUUUCAAUUAUACAAAGAGAGAACCAUUAGGUGUUUGUGGUCAGAUUAUACCUUGGAAUUUCCCACUACUAAUGUGGGCUUGGAAAAUUGCUCCUGCUUUAGUCACUGGUAACACCGUUGUUAUGAAAACAGCCGAAGCUACCCCAUUGUCUGCAUUGUACGUCUCUCAAUAUAUUCCAAAGGCAGGUAUUCCACCAGGUGUCUUUAACAUCGUUUCUGGUUUCGGUAAAAUUGUUGGUGAAGCCAUCACUACUCAUCCAAAUAUUAAAAAAGUCGCUUUCACUGGUUCUACUGCUACUGGUAAACAUAUUUAUCAAUCCGCUGCAAGUUCGUUGAAGAAGGUUACUCUUGAAUUAGGUGGUAAAUCCCCAAAUAUCGUUUUCGCUGAUGCUAACUUAAAGAGUGCUGUUCAAAAUAUUAUGACUGGUAUUUACUAUAACUCAGGUGAAGUAUGUUGCGCUGGUUCAAGAGUUUAUGUUCAAGAUACUAUUUAUGACCAAUUAAUUGAAGAAAUUAGAAUCGCUGCUGAAGGUAUUAAAGUAGGUGACCCAUUCAAUGAAGGUACUUUCCAAGGUGCUCAAACUUCUCAAAUGCAAUUAUCAAAAAUUUUAGAUUAUGUUGACAUCGGUAAGAAAGAAGGUGCUACUUUAGUCACUGGUGGUGAAAGAAUUGGUAAUAAAGGUUAUUUCAUAAAGCCAACAAUUUUCGCAGAUGUCAAGGAAGACAUGAGAAUCGUUAAAGAAGAAAUCUUUGGCCCAUUUGUCACCAUCUCAAAAUUCAGUACCAUAGACGAAGUUAUUAAGUUUGGUAACGAUUCUGAAUAUGGUUUAGCCGCUGGUAUUCAUACCACUAACAUCAACACCGCUAUUAAGGUCGCUGAUAGAUUAAAGGCUGGUACAGUCUGGAUCAACACAUACAAUGACUUCCAUCCUUGUGUUCCAUUCGGAGGUUUCAACGCUUCUGGUAUUGGUCGUGAAAUGUCAAUGGAUGCUUUAGAUAACUACUUACAAUCAAAGGGUGUUCGUUGUAAAAUUGAAGAGUAA